UGAGCGUGACAGGAACAACUUCGAGCUACUUCGAGCUGCUCAUUGGACAGCAUUAUUAAAGAGCAAUUCAAUUUAAAGUGUUUGGUUUGGUGUAUGUAUAGCUACAAGGAAGACAAUAACAAAACAAAUCCAUCUCGUUCGUUGUGGAAUUAAUACAAAAUAUACAUUUUGAAAUGACCAACUUUCCAGAAUGGUUUUCAUUGAACGAUGGUUUAAUCAGCGCUGCUGCAUUCUGCAACGAAGCUGUACCCGAUGAAUGCUUCUCCAACAUGUUGGAAUAUCUUUUCCGAACCAUCGACAACCCGACCAUUAGGAAUCAGCCUGAAACUGACCCAGAAAUCGAAAUUGAAAAACUCUGCACGGAAGCGAAUCAGCUCAGCGAACAGGAGUUUAGGCUAGUGCUACAAUCUCUGGCCUAUUUGGUGAAGCGGUCGCUCAAGUUUAUGCUGAAACCAUCCAAUUUACAAGCCGAUCUCCGCAACCAUCUGCAACUAACAGAAAGCAAGAGCAACUGCUUCGUGAAGCAUUGGAUUCAAGCAACAAAAAUCAUACUGGAUGCACUGACGACGGAGGAAAUAGGAAAAUCCAACCAACUGGAGGAUGUUUCCUGGAAGGUGCGAGCGCAACUUUCCUCUGAACCACGACAGAAGGACAAACUGGCGCUUGGACAACUGGAACUGAAAACUGCCGAAAGAAAUGUCAAUUUAGAAUUAAACAGCAGUGAACUUGUGGAGUUUUACAAUCAACUGGAACGAAUACAGAUAGAACUGGACUCAUUGAAAGUGGGAAGUUUGUAAAAUAUUUGUUCACCUUAUUUCAUGUAUUUUAAAGUCAUAUAACAAUUUUCUUUGAUUGGGAACCGUGAUUGCUUAGAACCUGAUAGAACUACAGAAUAUUAUAAGUAGUUAUCAAAUGUUUUCCACGAUGUUGAUUCAAAUAAAAAAAAACUCAUCUCACCACCUGGGUGCUACGGA